AAAAAAAUUUCGAGCACAUUUUGCAUCAAUAUCAUACGUUAAAAUUCAUUAAUAAUGAUCGUAAAAAUUAUGUUAAAAUUGUAAAUAUUUUUAAAUAACACGUUUUUAUCACUGGUAACAUAAUUUGAUUUAUAAAAUAACCUCAAAAUGUCUAUGAUGGAUAAUGCGAAAUUUCAAUUAGCUCAAUUUACAGAUUAUAUGCGAGAAUAUAAUAAAUUAACAGAAAAAUGUUUUUUUCGAUGUAUAAAUAGUAUGAGCAGCCGUGAUUUAGCACAAGAUGAGGGCCACUGUGUCAGUAGUUGCGUAGCAAAGCAUUUGAAUGCAUCACAUAAAAUAAUGAUAACAUACCAAAAACUGCAACCAUUAAUUAUGGAAAAACGACAAGCGGAAGCUGACGCCAAAAUUAAAGAAAUGUUAGAAAAUCAACAAAAAUUAGAAGAAUUACAAGUAAACACAAAUUCAGAUAAUACAUCAUCUAGCACAAAUUUAAGUGAUACUCCUAAACAAUAAUAAACUAUGUCAAAAAAUUGUCUUGUUAUAUUAUCCGGUUUACCGGGUGCUGGAAAGACUACAUGUGUUAAUCAGUUACAGAUUAAAUUCAGUUUUAAGUAUAAUUGUUUCGUUAUACAUUACGAUGAUUUUCUAC